AUGGCGACCCCAUGUGUUCUCCUCCAAUACGGCGACGAUCCAUUCAGACAUAGAUUUGAGGAUCUUGAGGGUAGAGCUGCGUUUUCGAUCACAGAGGCUGGGCAGACCCCUAAUCUCGUCACCAGAAUUACGCGGCAGGCGGAAUGGUCACAGCAACAUCCAGGCAUCAUGGGACCUGAUAAUUCAUUCCUCUACUUUGGCCCAGAAACGUCGGUUGGCUUCAUCAUGUAUGGCAAUAACCGGACGCAAAUAGGCAUGAAUUUUCUUUUACGACCAGGAAAGAAGGACGGGAGCGUCUCCCGCUACUUCAUAACGCAGAGCGGGAAGGAGCUUAAAUGGAGAGUGGGUUCACACAGAAUGGAGUGCGUAGAUGGACGGACAACUUUGGCGACGUGGGAUGUCAGCCCAGCGACGGACGAACAUUACGCUAGACUCGUCAUAAAGCCCGCUGGACUGCACAUCGUAACGGAGAUCAUAACAACUCUAGCGUUAAAUCGCAUGGCUCGGGCGUUGGGUUGGUAG